CCAGCUGCGGACAAAAACGGUGAAGUUGUGCUGGUUGUGAUGCGCACGGGUGACGCCGCUGCUCCAGACGCAUAAACCAAACACUGGCGUGGGUUCGGUCCCUGCUGCGACUCAUCUGGAGGAACGUCGGGGGGAAAAAGCCACGACAAAUAUCAUUAGUGGGCUGUUUUCAUUUUAUAUAUAUAUAUAUAUAAGAGGAAGACGAGCGGUGUCGAGAGUAAUCCCUUUUGGGCAAACGGUUUACAUCGGAAGGGGGUUUUCUGUACUUUGCAGAAGCCAGAGCAGAUUUAUUCCCUUAGAGAAUCAUCAAAUAUAAACUGGAAUAAUAAGGAACUAUGGGAAAGCAGAACAGCAAGCUGACUCCUGAGGUGAUGGAGGAUCUGGUGAAGAACACGGAGUUUAAUGAACAUGAGCUGAAGCAGUGGUACAAAGGCUUCCUGAAAGACUGCCCCAGUGGCAGGCUGAACCUGGAAGAGUUCCAGCAGCUUUAUGUCAAGUUCUUCCCUUACGGUGAUGCGUCAAAGUUUGCACAGCAUGCCUUCAGGACCUUUGACAAAAAUGGAGAUGGGACCAUUGAUUUCCGAGAGUUCAUCUGUGCCCUGUCCAUCACAUCCCGUGGCAGCUUUGAGCAGAAACUCAACUGGGCCUUCAACAUGUAUGACCUGGAUGGUGAUGGCAAAAUCACAAGAGUGGAGAUGCUGGAGAUAAUUGAGGCCAUCUACAAAAUGGUGGGCACUGUGAUCAUGAUGAAGAUGAACGAGGAUGGUUUGACACCAGAGCAGCGGGUGGACAAGAUCUUCAGCAAAAUGGAUAAGAACAACGAUGACCAGAUCUCAUUGGAAGAGUUCAAAGAGGCAGCGAAGAGUGACCCAUCCAUCGUCCUGCUGUUGCAGUGUGACAUGCAGAAGUGAGUUGGACCUCAGCGCUGCUUGCUCACCCACCCCCUCCUCCCUGUCGAUAUCUACACACUCUGGACAGCAGCACAUGUUUUAAUGUCUCAUUAGGUUCUCUGCCAUUUCCACAGGAAAAAAAAACAACGCUUGGACAAUUUUUCAAUGGACUUGCUUCUUGUGGUUGUAUGCAUGAGAAUGUCAAAUGCUGAAUAAUUUUGAAUAUAGCUAUAAGAUAUAUCAUACAUUUCUAUUUCAAAAGCAUACCAGUGUGAUUUGUGCACAGUAACUCUAUACAUGCUCAUUCAACCUUAGCUUGUAUAUCAGUGGAGCACUGCAUUCAAUUCUGUUCUUGCAGUAUUUAGGAUACCCAGUGUUCACUGGUGCAACUACUGUACGCUUCAACAUAAUAGUAACAAAACAAUAACUCCUAUGAUAAUUGUAACUGUCUCUACAAUCCAGAAAUGUUGGAGAAUAGAGAGGCUUUCUGUCUGUUCCGGAUGUUUUCACACGAUGGAACCAAGAAGAGUAGGCUCUUUGCAUGCAUAUAUUAUGUGUAAAAAAAUAUAAUCUCUUUACCUUUUUGCAUCUUUAGGUGGUUAUAAAAGAGAAACCCUCCAAAAAUUAAUUUAUUAUUGUUGCAUGGGAUGUACAGUAUGUGACUCAUGAAACCAUUUGUUCAGCACCAAUAACGUGGGAGCAUGUUUCCCGCCAUUUGAUUCACGUGUAUGUGUGACACCUUAGUCUUGUUGUCUUUUUUUUUUUUUUUUUUUUUGAAAGAUAUUUGGGAUGCAGUUAUGGGGCUGAGGAAGAGCUUUCACACAAGUGUUUGUUUUAUGCUUUGCUUCAGUGACUUCUGGGAUGAGCAGAAAAUAUAUUCACAGGCCCCCUCCCAUUCCCUUUAUGCUUGUAUUGUGCUGUUGCCACUGAAUCUUAACAGCUAAAAUUACUGCUGUCAUCAGGCACAUUGUUCCUGCAUUAUUCCCCCUACACAAUCAAACCAAAUUGGAUGGCUUUUUCAGACUGCUUAUUGUAUUUAGACUUAAAUAAUGCCACACACGAGUACAUAUCGAUAUGUUUACAGAAACCAAGAGCACUGCAAAAUAAGUACAGAAUGGGCUUUUCAACCUCGAUGCUGUGAACUUGUUCUCUAAGCCUUGUUAAGAGGAGCUAAACUUCCAAAGCAGCAAAAAAGGGGGACAGAAAAGCCUCAUCUAUGUUUACUGGACACACUGCAUUCCAUACUUUUUGUAAGGAGAAACGUUUUAUUGAAAAGUCUCAUGUUCAAAUCUAUUCCAUUUGCAGUAGUCAUUAAUGAUGCAGGGCCCUCAGGAGAGGCACUUGAUACAGCUUUUGAAAGAGUGUUUCAGUGUGAAAGAAGGCAGCUGGAUUUGGGUUAGGAAGAGCAUAAAUUCUCUUUCAACACUUUUGGUCCCUAUUUCUAGACUAUGCAAGCACAGACUGAGUGUCUGCUUGUAGUCCACUUCCACAAGUGAAGGUUCAAAGAAGCUUUUCAUUGUUUUGUCUAAACCAUAACUAAAACCAGCCCUUAUUAUUAUUAUUAUUAUUAUUAUUAUUAUUAUUAUUAUUAUUAUUAUUAAUAAUAAUAAUAAUAAUAAUAAUAAUAAUAAUGUCUUGAUAUUUAUACAUUUCAGUCCAGUUACCAUGUCUGAUUCUUUGUUUAGUAAAUGUUUAUAUCAAAUAUGAAAAAUCAUACUACAAGUGACUGUAUUCUUUUAUACAUGUGGCAUGUGUUGCACCCAAACUAAUUCUGUAGUGAUAAAAAUGAAUAAACCAUCAACAGGCUUUUUCAAAA